AUGGAUUGGUGGUAUUUUUUUAUUAGUAUUUAUUUUGCCACAGUAACAGCUGAUAUUGGUCAAGUUCAUACACUUAAUGUUCAACAAGAUGAACGUGUUCGACUUGAAUGUACAUUAACAUCAAAACAAGAUGCUGAAGAAGCUAUGUGGAUGCGUAUUCGACCACCUUAUAAUCCUGAUGUUUUAACUUAUCGAGAUAAUGUUGUUUAUGCACCAGAUCGUAUUGAACUUGAACAACAUCGUCUUAGUUCAAGUAUGACUACAAAUGGAACAUAUGUUGAUACCUAUUUUUUAACACUAACGAUUUUACAUCCAACUAUUGAUGAUGAAGGAAGAUAUAUUUGUUCAAAACAUCGAACUAUAUUUGCUGAAUAUGAUCUUUUUAUAAUUAUUCCACCACAAUUUACUGAUGACCAAAAUUUUAUUCAACAACGAAGUAUUAUUGAAGGUUCAAAUCUUCAACUUUCUUGUUCAACUCAUGGUCGACCUCAACCGUCAAUUACAUGGUUCUAUCGAACAAAUAAUGAUAAACAUAUUGUAUUAGGUGAUGGUGCAGAUUGUUUAGAUAAAACUUGUGAAAUGAAUUGGAUUAAUUUUACAAGAGAUAAUCCAACACUAAUCGAAUGUAUUGCUGAUAAUAAAAAAUCUUCUCGAAUAUCAAAAGUAUUUAAUAUCGAUGUACUUUAUCCUCCUACGAUAAAAACAAAUGUUCGAACGUUAAUAGGUUCAAAAAAUAUAGAAGUUUUUAUUGAAUGUUUAUCCAUUGCUAAUCCACCACCUUCAAUUAUUUGGUUUGAUGAUAAUCGACAAGAAAUCGCUGAUCACCGCUUAUAUACUAUUAAAUAUGAAAAUCAAUCAUCGAUAUUAUCAUUUUUAAUAUCUUUAGCAGAAAAUUCCAAAGUAAAUUAUUAUUGUCAAAGUAAUAAUUCAAUUGGAAUCAUAGAGAAAUUAAUUAAUAUUUCCGACUUUAUUCAAUUUGAAUCGAAAUCAACGACAAUACGAUUACCCACUGCAUCUCUAUCCAAUAAAUCUAAAUCUAGUAAAUAA